UUUGAUUUUUUUAGAGGUAGGCUUACAGUGACACCUGUUGCGGUCGCAGUAACACUCGCCUACAGUGUCAGAAGUACACAGUAUACACCCUGCCAAUCAAUUGUAACACUAAAAAUGGUGUGCGGACGAAAGUGCGCCAUGAUGUGCCUAUUCUUUAGUGUUUGGGGUUUUCUAAUGCUAAAUAUUUUGGGCGUACUGUUCUAUAUAAGAGCCCUGGACCUGAUCCGCGACCUCGGCUGGGAUCCAAAAUUUGAAUGGCACACGCUGGAGGAGUUCAGGGAGGAGGCCGACAAGGGCUUCAGAAAGAAUGCCAUCCGAUGCUUCGUCACUGGCAUCGUAUACUUGUUCUUCAUGAUCCUCUCGCUGUAUGCGAUCCGACGGGACAACAAGCGAAGGAAGCGGCUCUAUAAGAAAAAUUCCCAAAAGGAGAAGGAGUUCCAAAACUAAACUUUCUACAAUAUAUAUUUUUUUGUAUUUGUUAUAGACUGUGUAGAAAUAAAUAAAUUCAGCAAGUAUAAGUCG